AUGGAGGCACAUGUAGAAGGUGUCAUCGGAGCGCCGAGGGCAGGAAAGGAAAAGGCUGUGCACAAUCACGACUUUGAGCCAGAAGUAUCCCUCUACCGGACGGAAUCGUUCGCUGGGGAUAGUGUCAUCCGAAUGGUCAGACAAGGAAGUGCCUCGUGUGAUUACACAUGCACACAACAGCACUGGCUGACGGAAGGGGAGAACAAUCGGGCAUUGGGUUUAUGA